GCGGGCGUGUGCGCGCGCGUGUGUCGGCGCGCCUCGCCCGGCGCCCCCGCCGGUCCUGCCGGAAAGAUGGUCAACGACCGGUGGAAGACCAUGGGCGGCGCUUCCCAACUUGAGGACCGGCCGCGCGACAAGCCGCAGGUGAGAAAACCGAGGCUUACAGGGCGGCCGAGCUGCGGCUACGUGCUGUGCACCGUGCUGCUGUCCCUGGCUGUGCUGCUCGCCGUGGCUGUCACCGGCGCUGUGCUCUUCCUGAACCACACCCACGCACCGGGCACAGCGCCCCCGCCGGUCGUCAGCACCGGGCCGGCUGGUGCCAACAGCGCCCUGGUCACCGUGGAGAGGGCCGACAGCUCGCGCCUCAGCAUCCUCAUCGACCCGCGCUGCCCGGACCUCACCGACGGCUUCGCCCGCCUGGAGGAUGCCCAGGCUUCCGUGCUGCAGGCGCUGGCCACGCACCAGGCCCAGGCGCGGCUGCCGGGCGAGCAGGAGCAGGAGCUGCUGGACACGCUGGCCGACCAGCUGCCCCGGCUGCUGGCCCGGGCCGCGGAGUUGCAGACGGAGUGCGCGGGGCUGCGGAAGGGGCACAGCACGCUGGGCCAGGGGCUGAGCACCCUGCAGAGUGAGCAGGGACGCCUCCUCCAGCUUCUCUCUGAGAGCCAAGGCCACAUGGCUCACCUGGUGAACUCCGUCAGCGACGUCCUGGACGCCCUGCAGAGGGACCGGGGGCUGGGCCGGCCCCGCGUCAAGGCUGACCUCCAGAGGGCACCUGCCCGGGGAGCCCGGCCCCGGGGCUGUGCCAUCGGCUCUCGGCCCCGGGACUGCCUGGAUGUCCUCCUGAGUGGACAGCAAGAGGACGGCGUGUACUCGGUCUUCCCCACCCACUACCCCGCCGGCUUCCAGGUCUACUGCGACAUGCACACAGACGGCGGCGGCUGGACGGUGUUCCAGCGCCGGGAGGACGGCUCCGUGAACUUCUUCCGGGGCUGGGAGGCGUACCGCGACGGCUUUGGCAAGCUCACGGGGGAGCACUGGCUAGGACUGAAGAGGAUCCACGCGCUGACCACGCAGGCUGCCUACGAGCUACACGUGGACCUGGAGGACUUCGACAACGGCACGGCCUAUGCCCGCUACGGGAGCUUUGGCGUGGGCUUGUUCUCCGUGGACCCGGAGGAGGAUGGGUACCCGCUCACUGUGGCCGACUACUCGGGCACUGCAGGUGACUCCCUUCUGAAGCACAGUGGCAUGAGGUUCACCACCAAGGACCAUGACAGCGACCACUCGGAGAACAACUGUGCCGCCUUCUACCGCGGUGCCUGGUGGUACCGCAACUGCCACACAUCAAACCUUAACGGGCAAUACCUGCGAGGUGCACACGCCUCCUAUGCUGAUGGCGUGGAGUGGUCCUCCUGGACCGGCUGGCAGUACUCACUCAAGUUCUCUGAGAUGAAGAUCCGGCCGGUCCGGGAGGACCACUAGACCGGUGCAUCGUCCAGCUGCUUGCCCCCUGGCCCCACCCCUUCCCCAUGCCUCCCAUCCCAUCCCUGUCCCCCAGCCCACUCCCAUGAGAACAUUCUCUACCCCCCUGUGCUUGGUGGACUGUUCUCCGGUGGGGAUGGGCCAAGGCGGCCGGACACUGAUCUUCCUGGGCAAGUGAGGUCACACACCACCUUCUCAUUGUCCCCACCCCUCCAUUUGGAAGCUAACAUUAUCUCCUGCCUCUGCUGAUGGAAGGGCUGGCAAAUUUUCUGACCCCAAAUCCUACCUGCCCAGACUGGCUCCUGUGCUAAGUGUCUGCUGUCUCCCGGCCAGGAUGGUGGAGUCUGCC